AUGUUGCGCGACCCACCCCUCUCCAGCAACCCCCUCGAAGCCCUCGGCGAGUCCCUCUUCACAUCCAUCCUCCAGCAACUCGCAUAUCGUCCCCUAGCGGUCGUCCCUUCAGUCAGCUCGUCAUGGCACAAGCACUCGGUGGCGAAUGAGGCUAGCGUAUGGAGGGGUGCAACCUUGGACGCGGACCUCGAUCCUGACCACCUCGCUAUGAUUCGGCAUUUCGAGGGAUUUUCGGCGACCCAGGUUGCGGACGUGCAGGCGCUACCGGGGACUAAAGCGGACAAGGCGGCAUCAGCUCAAAUGAUGGAGGUGGAUCAGCAAGGCAAGCUUGUUGCGAUGAACAUGAGCUGGAAGAGGCACUGCGAAUGGCACAUUGUGUCUAAUCGCAAUUGGCAGACUGGGCGGUGCAGCAACAAGUGGCUAGAGAAGGGAUGGGGACGAGCCGGUCUGGAAGAGAUGGACGGCUACCAUAUCUCCACUUACCUACACCGGAAUGGAUUAGACGUUAUCGAUCUCCGCAAGGACAAGACUCUCUUUUCUCUCCCGGACGUCCCGGCUCGAGCGAGGCUCGCAGUUGGCAUGCGUCAUGUAGUAGUUGACGUGAGCACGAGCUACCUCUCCCUGCAAGUGUACCGAAUGCAGUUGGGAGUCAAGUUAGCCCUCUGGCCCUAUCCCAUUCUUGGGGACAGUUUCGACCUCCCCUCCAUUGCCGCUUCCUCCAAAUCGCAAAUCCGUCCCACCUGGGAUCCCAAAUCUACCUUGGCUCCCGAGGACAUCCUGGCCAGUCUCGCCCAGGGCAUCCAACCCCGACCCUCGCCCCUCCCACAGGGCGGGCUCGCUUACUAUCGGAAGAUCACUGAAUUAAAGCCAUUCAUAGCCUGCACAUUCAUCAUCAGGCAGCUCGGGGAGGACAUAAAAAAGGAUUAUCUCGCCAUCGGCUCGGACAACGGCGUACCGAUCUGUAGUCUAGAUGACAUCAAGAAGCCGGAGGUGGUUCCGAUGCCGGCUGUGCCACCGGGAACGGCAGUCACCUUCGAUUUCAACGAAAGUCACAUCUUCUUCUGCGGCGUCGGCCAAGUACACAUCUACGACCGUCAAUCUCGCCCUAUGGCCCUGUCCUUCCCCUCGCUCCCGACGAGUAUCAAAGACAUGUGUGCCCUGGCGUAUCACGUUCGUGACCCUAGCACGACCCACGCGCUCAUACAACCCACCGAUCCUUCUUCCGGCACACCGCCGCCGGGGUGGCAGGACAUGAGGCCGCAUGCUACUCGGGCGGACGUGCAAGGCAUGAGGAGCGAUGACCAACGCUGUGAUCCCAUCAUGCGACAGAAAUUGUUGCGGAUGAUGGGCAUUGAAGGGGGCGGCGGCGGGGCUUCGUUGCUGUGGCCGCCUAUCGGUGUCAGAAUGGAGUUCUCCGCGUGCCGCGUCUUUGGUUCGAACCUCGUCGUGACGACCACACCCGGCCAGCUCUACUUCAUACGAGACUACGCCGCUCUGCUCGCUCUCGCCGACACGCAGGAGCGGCAGGAGCGCUGGGGCAAAGCAACCAUCAUCAUCUACUUUCCUCAACCGAUCAGGAAUCUCGACGCGGAAGGCACCCAUAUCGUCGUGUCAGAGACCCACCAGCCAGUAUUCAUCGAUACACGGUGCCUCCCACUUCUCCCACUCGCCCCAGACACUGAGGCGGCCACCUCCCGCGAUAUACCAGCCAUCCACCUUCAUCUGGUUCCCUCCUUCCCCAUGAUGCCACCAUUCGACCCCCACAGGGCGCCGACCUUCCACCCUCUCAAGGCCGCCAUGACUCUUCCUAAUCCAUACCCCGAAGACCCUUUGCAGGCUCUGGGAGACUCGCUAUUCGUCACGAUCCUAUCUAAUCUCCCAAUCACCACCCUCGCCGUCUUUCCGGCCGUUUGUCGCGCAUGGCGACAACACUCGCAAGACCACAAAUCUGGCAUAUGGCGGGCCGCUUGUCAUCGAGCCGGUAUGGACAGGAAGGUCGUAGCGACGCUUCUCGACUCGGAAAAGAGCGACCAGCGCGGGACAGGGCACUCGGCGGAAGCGGCGCGGCUGUGCGGCCAGAAUAUCUCGCAGGCCAAUGCCAACGGGCUUGAUUGGAAGGCAGUGUGUCGUCGACUCGUUGUCGAGGGCAAUAAUUGGCGAGGCGGACGCUGCAAGGAGGAAUGGGUGUACCCACACCACGCAAACGCGGUCUGUCGGUUCAAGAUGGACGAGGAGCAGGAGGUUUGUAUAUCGACGAGUCGGACUGGCGGUAUCGAGGUUGUUGACUUGGAGAGCUCACACACACUGUUCUCAGCGCCACAUGUCCGACCCUACGCGCAUAUCGAAUUCGCCAAAGGACACGUCGUAUUCGACACCGGUAACAUGGGAGGCGCACUACAAGUCUGGCGCACGAAAGAAGCCAUAAACCGCUCCCCGCGUCCGUGGCCGUCAGAGCGUCAGGUCUCCGCCGAAGCUCAAGAUGCAGUCAGCCACAUUGAUCACGCUUGGCGGCCGACGUCGGCAAUCCUACCUAGUUCCGCCGUCCUUGGCGCCGAUCUUCCCAGGCCACCCACUCUCCCUCGGGGCGCCUUAGCCUACUACAGAAAUAUCUCAGCUCCAACCUAUUGCAACGCGUUCCGGGCGAGGGUGGACGGCAGAGAGUCAGGUACAGAGCGAGCGGUGUUGGGUACCGCUGGGAAUCAGGCGAUCUACUUGUGGGAUCUGGAGGAUGAGGGCAGUCCGGCGGAAGUCAUACCAACUGAUAGUGAGGCGGCAAUGAGAGCUUUACAAUAUAUCGAAUUCGACGACAAUUACGUCUUUCUCUGCGGCGAUGCGCGGCUCUACGUCUACUGCCGCAGCACCAAAAAGCUCAUCCACACCUACCCACCCCGCGACUCUACCACUCGUUCGACUUGCGCGGCCGCUUACUAUCUCGAGAUGCUCAAUCGCAAUUCUUACGAGGUCCUGCAAACCCCUGCCGACCCCUCUUCACGGGACCCCAGCAAACCAGGGGCAGAUAUGCCUGUACACGCCGUCAUUGCGCGGGCUGAUGUGCCCGGCUGUCGCCCGUCCGACCCGGAAUUUGUCGAUACGAUGUACAUGGAGGCAGGGGUACGGGAUCGCCUGAUGAGCGAUUCUGGAGGCGAUGAGCAUCCUUGGCCUCCCGUGGGCUAUGACUUUACUGCCUGUCAUUACACCGCCUCGGACCUUAUUUGUACCACCGGUCUCGGCCAGAUAUUGAUCACUCGGGACUACGCUUCGGUGCUCACCUGCCCCGACGCCAACGAGCGGAGCAGGCGGUGGGCUGCGCGAACCAUCGCUAUCGGCCUUCGCAACCCCAUCAUGCAGCUAGCGGUAGAAGAUACCCGGGUCACCGUUUCCUCACUAUCGCACAUUUACUUUUUUGAUACCAACACCCUCCCCACCUUGCCUCUGUCCGAUUCGCCCGCCACUCCUAUCCGGAUCUACGCCAUCCUAUCCACCCAGUCCGUCAACACAUCCAGCUGCGUCCAAAUCCACAGGUCUAAGCUGUUUUACGCCUAUGAUGCAUCUGGCGAACCUACCCCGGAGGACCCGACUCCCGACAGCAGGCAUGUUCUCCCUGCGCCGGAGAGAGCAAGAGAGCAUUUUGGAAAGUGUAUCAGAGUGUGGGACUUUUCGUAA